UGUCCCGCAGGUGCACUGCACAUGCAGAUUUGGUCAUCUCGAGUUUCUAUCCAUUAGGGCUUACCGCUGUUGCUCCCGUCGCCCCCUUUCUACCCAGCAAGUGUCGACGCCCCUCGACAUCUAUGGCUCAACGAGGAUCCGAGUUCGCGUGACGAGCUAUCGAUUCCAUCCUAUUAGCUCGAUUUGAGAUCUCGCAGGGUUACCUCGGUUAGGAUUGAUCUAGAGGAAGAAGUGAACAAUGACGGAGCCCUCCAAAGUCAUUCACGUCCGUAACGUAGGCCACGAGAUAUCUGAAAAUGACCUUCUUCAGUUGGUGCAACCUUUUGGAGUUGUCACCAAGCUUGUGAUGUUACGAGCCAAAAACCAGGCUCUUCUUCAGAUGCAUGAUUUAGCUUCUGCAAUGAAUGUUAUUCAGUACUACACGAAUGUCCAACCGAGCGUCAGGGGACGAAAUGUAUAUAUACAAUUUUCCUCACAUCAAGAACUUACAACAACAGAUCAAAGCUCGCAAGGUCGCAAAGGUGAUCAGGAUUCACCACCCAAUCGAAUUCUCUUAGUUACAAUUCAUCAAAUGCUUUAUCCUAUCACAGUGGAGGUGUUGCAGCAAGUUUUUUCUCCAUGUGGAUACGUGGAGAAAAUUGUGACGUUCCAGAAGUCAGCUGGUUUCCAGGCCCUUAUCCAGUUUGAAUCACAACAAAGUGCAGUGCAAGCAAGAAGUUCUCUACAAGGACGCAAUAUAUAUGAUGGUUGCUGUCAGUUAGAUAUACAGUUUUCAAAUCUCAAUGAGUUGCAAGUAAAUUACAACAACGACAGAUCCAGAGAUUUCACAAAUCCAUCUUUGCCCACUGAACAGAGAGGUAGAUCUUCACAACAGCCCGGUUAUGGUGAUGCCGGAAGUCUCUAUGCUCUUCAAUCAUCUGGCGGCAGAGUUGCCUAUGGUCAGAUGGGUAACGCUGCAGCAAUUGCAGCUGCAUUUGGGGGAGGAUUGCCUCCUGGAGUUACUGGUACUAAUGACAGGUCUACAAUCUUAGUAACUAAUUUAGAUCCUGAUAAAAUUGAUGAAGAUAAGCUUUUCAAUUUGUUCUCGAUAUAUGGCAAUAUUGUAAGAAUAAAACUGCUACGUAACAAACCCGACCAUGCUCUUGUUCAGAUGGAGGAUGGCUUCCAGGCAGAAUUAGCUGUACAUUUUUUGAAGGGAUCAUUAUUGUUUGGGAAGAGGUUGGAGUUGAACUUUUCCAAGUAUCCAAGCAUCACUCCAGCAUCUGAUACUCGUGAAUACGCCGGUUCAAGCCUUAACCGCUUCAACAAUAAUGCGGUAAAAAACUACAAGUAUUGUUGCUCCCCAACAAAGAUGAUCCAUUUGUCAUCUCUUCCCCAAGACAUCGCCGAGGAGGAGAUUCUCACUCACCUGGAGGAGCACGGCACAAUUUUAAGCACAAAACUCUUCGAGGUGAAUGGGAAGAAGCAGGCGCUGAUUCUGUUUGAGGACGAGGCACAAGCUACGGAGGCCCUUGUGUGCAAGCAUGCAAGCUCCAUUGCGCGGUCUGUCAUCCGGAUUUCCUUCUCGCAACUCCAAAGUAUUUAGAGACUCUUCGAUUUCUUCAUAAGAGGGGCGGGCAUUGCUUCUUUGUUUGGUUUUGGUUUUCUUGGAGUUGAUUUAUGGCGGAUAAUUAUCACAGCACGUUUUGAAUCUGUUUCCUCAGGUAAACUCAGGGUUAUGUAAUGUGGAAGACUGAUCAAUCGAUGUAUCCCAAAGUUCGUUUUUUUUGGUGAUUCCAGUGGUGAAAGUUUAUUGUUCUAUCGGAAA